GAUGUUUUUCUUCCGAACUGACAUCGGACCAAGCCUGUCCGCGCGACAUGUGAAACUCUCCUCCGCUCCCUUCCUCCCUCUCCUUCGACCAUAACAAUCACAAAAAAUAGUACCUACUAUAAUUCUAAAGCAACAAUGGCCCAAUUGAGCCUCCUCAACACAACCUGGACAUUACACCGACUCUCCCCGCUCCACCAUGGCAAAGAAUUCCCCUCCCUCCUCGACAACAACCACGCCCUGAAGACCUACGCCGCCCGCCUUCGCGACCACCUCACCGGCACCUCCUCCGUCUCAGGCGCAACCUUCCAGAUAGGCGGCGGCGGCGGCGCCUCCGACGAGACAGACCCGUCAUCUGCUUCCAAAACCGGCGCCUUACUCUCCUGCACCUGGGAACCCAUCCCCACACUCUCCCUGUCCGGCCAUACCACCACCACCGGGGCCAUAUCCAACGCGAACCCCUCGCCCUCGCCCUCGCCCUCGCCCUCCUCCCCCUCCACAAACACCACCACCACAAACAAUAACAACACCACCGCCACCAACGACCCAACGCCCCAACGCCCCCGCGGCCGCCCGCGGCGCCCCGCAACCACGCCCGGCACCCCCGGCGCCGGCAUCCUAAUCACGCUGACCUACGAAACGCAAACCUACCGCGCGGCCCUCCUCACGCCCUCCGCCGUAUCCUCCACCACCCCAAAACCAACAACCUCGCCGUCAAGCGCCAGCGCCGCACCGCACCGAACCCUCCGCUCGCACGCCCACACCCAAACCACCCACCUCCCGCUCCUCCUCACCAAGCUCCCCGCCCCGCUCCGCCAGACCCUUUUGGGGUUCUUGUCCGCGACGUUCGACACGUACGCCGCGGGCUUGACGCUCCCGUCUGGGUUUUUGGGGAGGAUGUUGGAGGGGUAUCUCUCCUGCCUCGGGGGGGAGGUUCGCUCCGCCGGAAGUGGGGCUUCCGGUUCCGGAGAAGAGGUCGUCGGGGCGGUGGUUCGGGAUGUGCAUUUCAUGUUGGGGUUUCAGGGGCCCGUGGCGCCGGGGUUGCGCGGGUUGGAUGUUUGUGUGCCGCGCGGGGUGGUGGGGGGUCUGGUUGCGGGGGGGGUUGCAGAUCAGCUGGGGGGUGAGGAUGUGUUGGGGAAGAUUGCGGGGUAUUUGGAUACGCAUUUGGCGAUGCGAGUGGAUUUGAAAGAGGGGAGGGGGCUUGGGGGGGAAGGUGGGGAUGUGGUGAGGGUGACGAGGGUCAGUUGUGGGGGGUUUAUGCUGGGCGCGGAUGGGAAGAUGAAGCUGGUUGGCGUUGCUGGUGCUGGUGCUGGUGCCGGUGCUGGGCAGGCAGGUGCUGAGGAUGAUGAUGAGGAGGACGAGGAUGAGAGGGGGGUUCCUCCUGUUGCUGCUGGCGCUACUGCGUUGAGUCUUAAGGAUCGGGUUGCCUUACGCGCCGCGGAGAUGCUGCUUCUAGAUGUAUUGCGGAGGGCAGCCGGGGGGGAGGGUGAGAGUCAUGGGUCUUGA